GUCUAUGGCAGCUCCUGCGCCUCCUUCUGCUCGUAUGGUCAACCUGUGCUCAGCCUCGCAGACCAUCAUCGCUCCCAACCCCAUGCUGCAGGGGGCGCUGCUCAUGCAGCAGAUGCAGGCGGGUGGCAUGCGUGGCUUUGCGAUGAGUGGGCAACAGUUUCCUCAGUUCUUCACUGCGGGCUCCAGAGCGUCUCUGCUGGGUCCAAUGCCGAUGGGAGUCGCCAUUAAAACCCCACACAUGGGAUUCCCGCGGCACUUCACGCCACACACGCGCUAUUUCACCAGUGAGUUUCAGGCUCGUCAGCCGGACAGAAAGAGGGAAAACGAGCAGAAAUCUGCGGGCAGCAGCGACAGCCAAUCAGAAGCCAGGAGCAGCAGAGCAGAUGAAGCGUCCGCUGCAGUCGAUCCGGGAUGUCAGGAGUCUUCAGAGCAGCCCGAUGAACCAGCGGCCAAAAAACACAAAACACAAGAGUCAGAAGAGCCUGUGGAGACAGAAUCAGCUCAAAGCGAUGAAUAUAAGAGCCCGGAUCCUGCAGAGCUCACUCUGCAGGAGGACGAACCGCUGGCCGCUGAAGCAGACGAACCGAGUCAAGCGGCCGAGCAGGUUGAAAGCACUGAAGCUCCAGAUGAAGGCAUCAGAGAGGGUCCAGACGCCGCCGCCGCAGGCUCUGAUUCGGCCUCGGAGAUCAAGGAGACCGCAGACACUCCUGAGGAGCUCGGAGACGCAGCGGCAGAGACCUCCAACAAGUUCUUCUGCUAUAUUUGCAACAUCACUUGCCAUAACCAGCAAAGUUUCCAGAGCCAUAUGAACGGACUGACGCACCAGCAGAAGAUGAUGGAGAUCCAGCACAUGAGCAACGCGUGUCUCGUCACGCUGCUGCCGCGAGUCCAGGAGUCCCUGCAAGGAGCUCGCAGAGACGGGUCAGAGUUUCUGAGGCAUUUAUGCUUCACUAGCUUAAGGGAAUCAGGCCAUCCGAGUUUGUUUCUUCGGUCACAUAUUAGCAGCAUAACUGGUAGUUUCCAGAGCCAUAUGAACGGACUGACGCACCAGCAGAAGAUGAUGGAGAUCCAGCACAUGAGCAACGCGUGUCUCGUCACGCUGCUGCCGCGAGUCCAGGAGUCCCUGCAAGGAGCUCGCAGAGACGGGUCAGAGUUUCUGAGGCAUUUAUGCUUCACUAGCUUAAGGGAAUCAGGCCAUCCGACAGAUGAAGCGUCCGCUGCAGUCGAUCCGGGAUGUCAGGAGUCUUCAGAGCAGCCCGAUGAACCAGCGGCCAAAAAACACAAAACACAAGAGUCAGAAGAGCCUGUGGAGACAGAAUCAGCUCAAAGCGAUGAAUAUAAGAGCCCGGAUCCUGCAGAGCUCACUCUGCAGGAGGACGAACCGCUGGCCGCUGAAGCAGACGAACCGAGUCAAGCGGCCGAGCAGGUUGAAAGCACUGAAGCUCCAGAUGAAGGCAUCAGAGAGGGUCCAGACGCCGCCGCCGCAGGCUCUGAUUCGGCCUCGGAGAUCAAGGAGACCGCAGACACUCCUGAGGAGCUCGGAGACGCAGCGGCAGAGACCUCCAACAAGUUCUUCUGCUAUAUUUGCAACAUCACUUGCCAUAACCAGCAAAGUUUCCAGAGCCAUAUGAACGGACUGACGCACCAGCAGAAGAUGAUGGAGAUCCAGCACAUGAGCAACGCGUGUCUCGUCACGCUGCUGCCGCGAGUCCAGGAGUCCCUGCAAGGAGCUCGCAGAGACGGUGAGAAGAGGCCGGGUCUGCAGAGAUGGUGCUCCACCUGCCAGACGCACUUCACCACCAAUGUCAUGGAGCAUCGCAGAACCAAGGAGCACAAGCGCUGCAGUCACUCAUCCAGCUCGAGCUGCACCGUCUGUAAGCUGCACUUCAGGACCCCCAGAGAGUUCGUGGAGCACAUGCAGUCUCCGGAGCACAAGCAGCGAGUCCAGCAGCUGUGGAAGGAGUCGGGUGAAGCUGGUGUGGAUCAGCUCGACGCUGACAUGUUUCUGGGUGAAGAGGACGGCGAAUGCAGCGACGACGAGAGAGAAGAAGAGGAGAACGGGAAGGAGGGUGUGGCUGCGCAGAUGGAGGUCACACUGGAGGAUCUGAGCGAAGACGAGGAGUUCGACUCUGACACUGUGUACGGCUCGAGUUUCGUGGUGCCCGUCGCAGGCUUCAUCUGUCGUCUCUGUGAUCAGUUCUAUCACUUUGAGUCUUCGGCUCGACACACACACUGCAAGACGCUCACACACUUCCAGAAGCUCAAGCGUUAUAAAGCCUUAAAGACACACGAAGAGUCCGGCUCAACCUCAGGAGAAGCAGCAGACCACAUGAGUCCAGAACCAGCCCCACAGACCCUACAGUCCUGCAGCAGCAGCAGACAGGAAGUGGAGACGCUCGCACAGGAAGAAGCCGUCGCCAGAGAGCCGGAGGACGAGGGGAAGUCUGUCGGGGGCCGGGGCCGGACUCCUGCUAAGAGACGAGGACGAGGAGGAAGACGACGCUGAGACACACACACAGAGAGCUGUAUCAGCCUCAGAGGACCCUAGUGAAACCACCCUCCGUAGACCGUGUGUGUCCCACAGUUCAGACGGGAUCGUGCCACACACUCGCGCCUCUAGCCCUGUUUGUACAGUAGCUGUGUUUGUCAUGAGCACACCGACCUCAGAAGAAGGGGAUGAUGGGAUACGCCGCCGGAGCAAGACAUCAACACCUCCAGCUCAGAUUUCAGCACAAAACCAACAAGAUGUGUCAUAAAAAUUAAAUAGUUCAAUCCUUAAAGUCAUAAAAUAGGUCUUUUUGGCAUUAUAAUAUAGAUAGAUAGAGAGAGAGAGAGAGAGAG